CAAAAUUUCCUCCUUUAUAAAACCUCGCAAUCCUCCAUUUUCACCAUCUUCGAAAGUCAUUCAUAGUUUGAAGGAAGAAGAAUCAGCCAUGCGGAUGAGCUGUAACGGAUGCCGGGUUCUCCGGAAAGGAUGCAAUGAGAAAUGCUCCAUCAAACCUUGCCUCCAGUGGAUCAAAUCCCCUGAAGCGCAGUCCAACGCCACCGUCUUCCUUGCCAAGUUCUACGGCCGCGCCGGGCUUCUCAACCUCAUCAACGCCGGCCCCGAUCAUCUCCGCCCUGCAAUUUUCAGAUCGUUGUUGUAUGAAGCUUGCGGGCGUAUUGUGAAUCCGAUUUAUGGAUCGGCUGGGCUGUUGUGGUCCGGCAACUGGCACCUUUGUCAGGCAGCGGCGGAAGCCGUCCUCAGCGGCGCGUCGAUCACGAAGCUCUCGCCGGACUCGGCCGCCUGCACAGUGAGCCCUUCCCUCAAAGCGUGUGAUAUCCGCCACGUCUCCAAAGAGGAUAGCUCCGCUGUUGCGGCGGCAACCUCGGGGGAUCUGCACAAAGUUAACGCCCGCUGCCGGUUCAAGCGGGUCGGGUCGGCAAGGCCGAAGAAUAGCGCGGGUUCUUCCGACGUCGAUGACGCGGCUCGAGUCAUGUGGAGCUGGAGCCACAGGGAGGGCCGGGUCGGUUCUCCAAGCCAGGACUCCGAGCAGCCGAGCCGAUUCGGGGAAAGCGGCGGAGACGCCAACAGCGCGUCGGUGGAGACCGUGGAGGCGUCCUUGGCCAAACCGGAUGACGAAAGCGACGUCGAGUUGGAGCUGAGCCUUGGUUGGGAGCCGAUCUCAAGACACUGGAAAUCGACGCCUGCUGAAUGCGCCGGCGGCUCCGAUAAAGCCGCUUGUCGAAUGGAACUGUAAAGACGGUUUUGACCUCCGCUGUAAUGUGUUUUCUCGUUUUAACAGUAGGUAGUUUUUGGUAAUUCCUUUUUAUUUGGGCCGCGAUCGAGAUGUAAUACCUUAGGCAAUGUGGAUCGUGGAUGCCUCUCACAGGAACAGAGAAAGAGGUCAUUUAUUUAACAAAACACUUUUCCUUAUUAGCUAGCUUCCCGGCGAUGAAUAAAAUGAAAUUUAAUAAAAUGACGUCACGUUGUUUAUUUAUUUUCAUUACAUUAAGAAUAACACCAGUUAUAAAAUUGAAAUUCAGAAAUAAAUAUAAAGAGAAC